GCUGCGCGACGCCCACGACGCCCCGACGCCGCCGCCGCCGUUCUCUACCCCCUAAUCUCUUUCAUAAUACGCCUGCGCUAGGCUUGCCCCGCGGCGGCACCAUUUCUAGUCACUUCCCACACAGCACCGCCGACCAUACCGUCCAUUCUAGGCGGCCGGACUCGCAGAAUGUCCUUCUUCUCUAGGAAGAAGCAAAAUCACCCCCCGCCGCAGCCGGCGCCGCAACCGCAGCAGGCGCCGGCGCAUGUGACGGUCGCGAGCACGCCCAGCGCCGCGCUCGCGCAGAUGUCCGCGGCCAAGGAACAGCAGGUGCAGCAGCAAGUUCAACAGCAGCAAGCCCAGCAGCAGCACCAGAUGGCCGCAGCGCAGCAGACCCGCCACAACAUGUCCGGCAGCCUGCGCGGCGACCCCACGGAAGGCAGGUUGACCCCGACGCAGCAGCAGCAACUACAGCAGCAACAGGCGCGUGCCCAGGCACGCGGAGGGAGCCCUAGCACGCCGUCCCCUGGCGCUCCCCCUCAGCAAUCCGCGCCGCAGCAGCGCCCUGCGUACCCGUGGAGUGUUCGCCGCCUCCAACUCCCACCACCCAUAGUCCUCAACAAGCCUGGCAUUGUGCCCCCCACCUCACCCUCACCCUCCCCAUUCCCGCGGUAUGGACAUGUUGUACCGACAGUGUCUACGUCCCCCGCCGGCGACAUGUACAUCUUCGGUGGUCUCGUGCGCGACGCGGCAAGGAACGACCUCUACAUCGUAUCGUCGAAGGACAUCUCCGCCACACUCGUCCAGACGGGCGGCGAAGUCCCUUCUCCGCGUGUUGGUCAUGCAGCAGCGCUCGUCAGCAACGUCAUGAUCGUAUGGGGAGGUGACACUCGGCAAGACGCGUCUCAGCCGCAGGACGACGGGCUGUAUCUUCUUAAUCUUGUUUCUCGCGAAUGGAGCCAUGUAUCAACGCACGGUCAAGGCCCGGUAGGCCGCUACGGCCAUGCCGCCACCAUGGUUGGCUCCCGCUUCUUUGUUUUUGGUGGCCAAGUCGAUACUCAGUUCAUGAACGACUUGUGGUCGUUUGAUCUCAACUCACUCCGGACGCGCGCGCAGUGGGAGCUCUGUGAGCCGAGCUCUGGCGAGAAGCCGCCGGAGCGCACCGGUCACAUCUGCAUCACUCACGGCGAGAAGCUCUAUAUCUUCGGCGGUACUGAUGGGCAGUAUCACUACAACGAUACGUGGUCCUACGAUACUACCACACGCCAAUGGUCGGAAUUGACUUGUAUCGGCUUUAUCCCUUCCCCGAGAGAAGGUCACUCCGCUGCUGUAGUCGACGACGUCAUCUACGUCUUCGGUGGACGCGGCGUCGACGGCAAGGAUCUCGGGGACUUGGCAGCGUUCAAGAUCUCAAAUCAACGCUGGUACAUGUUCCAAAACAUGGGCCCUGCACCGUCCAGUCGUUCAGGCCACGCCAUGGCAUCUGUGGGCACCAGAGUAUUCGUCCUUGGUGGCGAGUCUAUGACUACCAAGUCUGAAGACCCCAACAUGCUUCACGUUCUGGAUACUAAACACAUCAAAUACCCCGACUCCAACAAGGGUCCUCCACCUCAGAGCGAAAAGCCUGCGGCCGGCAAGCGACCUUCCAUGGUGCCUCCGCCACAGCAGAUGCAUCAAUUGCAGCAACAGCAACAGCAGCAGCCCGUACCGGAUGGCACACGAUCAGUUUCGCCGAGAGGCAUGGUCGACCCGCAGCGGGCGGUAUCUCCACCAGACCCGCGCAAGACGUCGCCAAACGGUGUCCCAAUUGCGGCUCAGAUGUCAAACUCCCCAAGCGAAAGUCCAGUACCUUCGGGGUCCCGCGGCAAGCCUCCUCAGAGGCCACCUCGAGCGGACCACGAAGACGACGUUCUCAGCGACGAGGGCAUCGACACCGGGACGACGGACGGGCACAUUCGUGCCCGGUCGCCCGAACAUCGCGAAAGAGCGAAGUCGCCUGAGCAGCGCACGAAGAGCCCGACGCAGCGUGCCAUCUCGCCCACGCACGAAGGUCCGAACGCGCCCAGCAUGAUGGGCGUCUCGAUAAACAUGACCAACGGUGUGACGGGUCGCCAGUCGCCUGCUAUGGCGGGCGGUAAGCCGGCGCACCAUAUGCAGAGCAGCACAUCGAGCUCGUCAAUGCUGAAUGGUGUUCUCGCUCGGUCGCAUUCGCGCGGGGACUCAAAGUCGGUGAACGUCGUCAACGAUCUGCUAAGCAACCUGAAGGCGAAGGAGGCGGAGCUCGAGAGUGCGAAGCGACAGAUGGCAUGGAUGAAGGAGGGCCUGACGAAGGCUUCUCGUUCGGGCUACUUCUACGCGGACCGCUCUGGCAACGACAUCCCCACCGAUGUUCAGGAUUCUCCUCAAGCCGAUCUGGCGCUCAAGUUCAAGCAGUUCAAGGCGCACAUGCAGACGAUGAUGGUCGAGCAAUCGCGACAAGCAUCCGAGCGCAUCGCCGACGCCGAGCGCGUCAAGAACAGCGCGGCGCAGGAGGCUGCGUACUACCGUGCAAAGCUCAGUGCCCUCGAGAAUGGCCGCGAAAGCGAGGCUCAGAAUAUGGAGCGCGAGCGCCUAAAGGACCUGGAGAAGAGCAUGUCUACGUUGAUGACUGAGCGUUGGAACCAGGAGCGCAAGAUCAAGGAGCUUACCGAAGCCCUGAGCCUGCAGACAACGCUGUGCGAACAGGCCGAAGCACGAGCAGCGGACGCGUCUCGACGCGCGGAGACCAUCCAGGAGUCCCAUGACCGGAACGUGCAGCGCCAGCAUGAGCUGCAGGAGCGCAAUGAGACACUCGAAGUCCAGCUGCGCGACCACUCGCAGAGGUUGCUUUCCAACACCUCGACGCUCGAGCAGCAGGAGGCGGAAGCCGCCGCGUUGCAGGCGCAAGUGGAGGAGUUGACGCAGUCCCGCGAUCAGCAUCUCAAGGCCCUGGAACGGGUUAUGGAGACCUUCCGCCAGACGCAGAAGCGCGCGGACGAGUUCGACGCCGAGGAGAAGCGCUCUCGCGAGAAGAUCGCCGCGCUGGAGUCCGACAUCGUCGAGCUACGGGGCGAGCUUGAGGCGAGGACGACGGAGGUGGAGAACGCGAGGGAGAAGCUCGCCGAUGUGGAGAACCAGUGGGCAAUCUCGCGUGAGGAAGCGGACAGGUUCCGCGCGUUGACGACCACCAAUCUUGGUCAGCUACUCGACCUUCAUCGCGACAUGAAGGCAGACGAGGAUCGCUACACGAAGGGGCACGGCGAGAAGGUCAAUGCGAUGCAGAUGGAGAUCGAGCAGUUGCGUGUUAUGAUGAAGGAGGCGUCUGACCGUCACGGUGACGCUCAGCGGAAGCUUUCGGAGGAGCGCCAGCGCGUGCGUGAGCUUGAGAAGGAGACUUCUCAGCUCCGCGCACAGCUUGUGGGUCUGCGAACCCAGAUGUCGAACGUGCUUGCUGACAGCGGCGACCUGCGGCGCGAACUGUCCGACAAGGACGUCGAGCUGGAGGAGAAGUCGAAACAAGCAUCCGAGGCUGCUGUCCGCUUGCGCAUGUUACGCACCUACCUCACGGAGCACGGCAUCGUCAUCAACGAGGAGGACGUGCACUCAGCCUCUCGUACCAACGGCGUCACCUCCCCCGAUGUGGUUGCCGAGCUCGAGACCAAGCUCGCGGAGCGUAACCGGGCCUACGACAAUGCUCAGCGCGAGCUGAACCAGGUGGCGCGCCGCCACCGUGAUGCCGAAGCGCAGGUCAGCGAUCUUGCGUCGCAGAUCGAGCAGCUGCGAUCAUCGCAGUCACCAUCGGUUGGUAGCGCAGACUCCGAUGCCAGGUUGGCUGAAGCUGAGCGCCGCUUUGAGGAGACGGAGCGUGGCUACAAGCAACGUAUGGCGCAGAUGGAAGAGGACUACCAGUUGGCUGUUCACUACGUCAAGGGUACCGAGAAGAUGAUGCGUCGUAUGAAGGACGAGCUCACCAAGCAGAAGGACAACAACACAAGUCUGCAGGCUGAGCUCGAGGUGGCUCGUAACGCGCGGUCUCGCGCCAACGGCCGCUCGACGCCGUCCGACGACGAUGGCACUCGCAAUCAGCUUCUUGAGUCCCAGCGACAAGUGCAGCGCUUGCAUCGCGAGAACCGGGAUCUGCACGCCCGCCUGGAGUCCUUCGAGUCUGACCUUGAGGCUCUCCGUGACAAGCUCGUUGCUUCUCAGCGGGAGUCUGACGACCGCCUCACCCAGGUGGAGGAGCUUCAACAUGAGGUCGAGCGUUUGCACGCGUCCCUUGAGGUGGCGCGGGGCGGCGGUGAAGAGACGCUCUUGGAGAAGCUCAGCAACGAGAACACCACGUUGCGGCGGGAGAACGAGCAGCUAUCGCAUAAAAUCGGUCUACUUCUGGAAGUGGACCAGCCAACCUUCGGCCGGCGACCAAUAUCUGGCAUCUCCGCGCAGCGACUCAGCUCGUCCAGUUCGGAGAACGCCCUUGCUUUCGAGCAUUUGUCUAGCGAGCUUGACGACUGGCAGCGGCAGCUCGCAUCUUCCAUGACCAACCGACGACCACUCAGCGAGUAUGAAUCGGAACCGCCUGCAGUAGAACGGACUCGCUCUCCUCGAUCGUAACUUCCAUGCCUCUCUUCGUCUUCAUCUCAUUGCAUAUACCCUGCAGUUCGUCGUCACGUCGACUGCCGGCCACACUCGCUUGGAUCUGUUCGUACUU